UUGAGUCACUGUAUAGUCACUACACUGAAUUCCCUAUAUAGGGAGUAGGGAGUAGUGAGUGAGUGAGUGAUUUCGGACACAGCCAGCGUUUCCUGCUACACUGUGACGUCUAUAGCACGCGACGCUGUCCCGUAACAGACGCGUGUUUAUCCAUCGUGGUGAGUCCGGUGUGUUUUCUGGUGUGUUUUCUGGUGUGUGCUGGCGGCAUGGCGGACAGGAGCCGGCUGUGCUCGGUGUGGCUGGGCUCGGAGACGGGCAUCCUGAAGGGCGUCAGUCUGUCACGGAAACAGGCCUUCAACUUCUGCCAGGUGAGCAGCCUGAGCCGCGACCAGGAGGUGCGGGCCCUGUGCUGGGCGGACCCGGCGGAGAGCGAGCUGCUGGUCGGCUCGGUGAACGGCACCGUGAAGACCUUCAGCACCGAGAAGGGGCUCUUCACCGAGAGCCGCAGCUGCGGGGACCCCGCCGAGGACGGCGCCUUCACCGGGCUCGCGGUGGCGGACGGCGCGCUGGUUACGUGCGUGGAGAGCGGCAAGCUGCGCGUGUGGAAGGAGGAGAGCAGCGUGCACGUGUUGGAGGUGGACGCUGGGAAGAGCGUGUGGCGGAUGCGGCAGAGCCCCGAGCACCGGCACAGGGUCGCCACCGGAGGGAAGGAGAACGGCCUCAGGAUCUGGGACCUGCAGCGGCCGGAGCAGCCCGUGUUCGCGGCCAAGAAUGUGCGGAAUGACUUUCUGGACCUCCGCAGGCCGGAGUGGGUCCGGGACAUGGCCUUCAUCCCGGGAUCCGACAAGGUGGUCACCUGCACGGGACACCACGAGGUCCGUGUGUAUGACCCGGCGUCCCCCCAGCGCCGUCCCGUCCUGGAGGCGCAGUACGGCGAGGUCCCGCUCACGGCGCUGGCCCUAGUGCCCGGCGGCACCAGCGUGGUGGUGGGCAACACGCAUGGCCAGCUCGCCCUGCUGGACCUCAGGAAGGGCCUGGUGCGCGGCUGCCUGAAGGGGCUGUCAGGCGGCGUGAGGGCGCUGCAGUGCCACGCCUCCCGGCCCGUGGUGGCGUCCUGCGGCCUGGACCGCUUCCUGAGGAUCCACAGCCUGGAGGACCGCACGCUGCUGCACAAAGUUUACCUGAAGUCCAGACUGAACUGCCUCCUGCUGGCCAGCCGCGACCUGGAGGAGGGAGAGGCGGCAGAGGAGGGGGAGAAGAAGGAGGUGAAGGAGGAGGAGGAGGAGGAGGACGAGGUUUGGGACGCCAUGGAGCGAGUGGAGGAGCGUGGGGAGCCAAAGAGAAAACUCACAGGAGAGGAGGAGGAGGAGGAGGAGGAGGAAGGUGUGCGGAGGAAGAGUAAGAAGAAGAGAAAAAAGGGGCAGGACUGAGGAGGCGAGGAUGUGACACAGGAAACGUCUGUGUUGGUGUCACAGAAACCUGAGAGGAGGAGCUCCCAGAGACUCUCCACAGAACCUGACUCUGCCGGGACCGAGACCCGGCCCAGGCCGAGGCCGAGACGCUCCUCCUGCUGAGCUGAACUCGGACGGCGUUCGUCUCCUCAGACUGAAACUCUCUGUGAAAAUCUGCCACCACAGAUUCUGUUUUCACCGGUUUGUCCAAAGUCCAAGAGGUUUUGUUCAGUCGAAAGACGUCAUAACAGACAUGGAAACUGUUUUCUCGUGGUUACAUUUUUUUUUUUUUUUUUUUUUUUUGCUACUUCUAAUUUUCUUAUUCAUUAAUAAAUAAAAAGUAGCAUAUGCAAUACAGAUAAAGAACGAGUUUUUGGACAGGUUUUAUGCAGUGAUAACAGAAAAUGACAGUAAUGAAUUUGACAUGAAAAUCAUAUUUUUGUACAAUAUGGGAAAAAUUUCAUACCUCUGUUUAUGCCAGAUAUCUGCAUAGCAAUACUAUACAUGAUAUGAAUAUGGAUUCACACUUAUUUGAAAUCAGCAUAAUAAACCAAUGGCAUGUGGAAAAUGCAGUUACUUUAUAAAAUAUUGUGUUGAUCAGACCAGACCAGUCAGUGUCUCAGGCUCACCACACUGUUGCCCUGUAAGAUAUUAAUAUCUCACAUGUUCACAUCUAGAUAACAAUAUGAUAACAGUAUAUUAUUCAGCCCGAGUUAAAAUGACUUUUUUGUUGUUGCUCUUUCUUAUUUUUUAUUAAUAAAAAGUACAUGCAGUAUCAAUCCAGAACCAUUUUUUUAAUGGUGUUAACAGAGAAAAUGACAAAACAGUCGAC